AUGGUCUUUCGCUCAAGCUUCCGAGGACAGCCUCUCGUGCUGAAAGUGGCUAAAGGCCGAGGUCCAGAGGGCAUGCGGCAAGUGUCUGCGGCCGGACAGGAGGUUGCGGACGAGUUCGCCGUUCUCACAGCCGUCGGCCAGCACCCAAACGUCGUUCGAGCCUUUGCCGUUCUCACCAGCUCGCUCGGUCGACCUGCUUUGGUGCUGGAGCCGGCAACCGAAAGCCUGCAUGCCGCUGCCUGCAGGCUGAAGGCCCGAGACGGCUGGCUUGCCGGCCGCAAGUCGCUGGUCCCGCUGUUUCAGCAGUUCCUCGUCGGCCUUUCCUACGUGCACGGGCGUUCGUUUUUGCAUCUCGACGUGAAGCCGAGCAACAUUCUCGUUUUCGGAGACAAUCGAGCAGCACUCGCGGACUUCGGCUUGGCACGGGAGAUGGUGCAGGAGACCUGCUACGUGAUCGGCAGCCGUGCCUACACGGAAGCCUUUCGAUGCCCCGAGUGCCUCAUGGCGGCCGACCGGAAGGUGCGCUUGACGUGCUCUGCAGACGUGUGGGCGGCCGCCGUAUCGUUUUUCGACAUUUUCAGCCCCAAGGACACGAAUCUGUGGAAAAUGCCCCCGAAGACUUUCGUCCGGGAGACGGAGGAGGGCACGGCUGGCUCCAUUCGCAACAUGGCCCUUCGUGUCUGCGAAAAGGCGAUGCCUCACGACGACACCAUGAUGAAGAUCCUUGAGCGGUCGCUCGUGCCUGCCCGCCAGAGACCCUCUUUGAGCGGCUUCCUGGACGUGACCCAGAAAAAGGCCGUUCGAGGGUCUGCCGCUGCCAGGUAG